AUGGUUGCUGCUGUCGACCCGACCUACCCCCUUUAUCCUAUGGCCUCCUUCCUGGCUGCGGGAAUGCUGCUCUUGAUACUCAUGACCAGCCUGGUCAGACAGAGCUGGAACCUUGGCAUCGCCUUUCUGUGCUUCUGGCUCUUCAUUGCGAACUUCACCGAUGCCGUCAAUGCUAUCAUAUGGGCUGAAAAUGCCGAUAUAAAACUCUACGUGUACUGUGACAUCGUGACACACCUACAGAUUGUUGCGUCAGUUGUCGCACCUAUGUCGACCCUGAUCAUAACACGUCGGCUGUAUCUCAUUGCAAGCUUACAAACUGUGGAGUUACCCGGAGCAUCCGCGAAACGUCGGAAUAUGGUCAUAGAGUGGACCCUGGGACUCUUGAUUCCCGUGUUAGUCGCAGGACCUCUAUACUAUACUGUUCAGCCCUAUCGCUUUGAGGUGAUAGAAGGCUUUGGCUGCGUCAAUACCCUGGAUAACUCCCUGCUCGCAUGCAUACUGGUCAACUCGUGGACCAUUCUUCCUCCAUUGGCUUCAGUCCUGAUCUACUACCCUCGAGUGGUAUUGACCUUCUACCGUCAGGGUCGGGAUAUCAACCACUUCCUUCGGAGUAACAACUCCGAAAUGUCGCGCGCAAGUUACAUCCGCAUCCUGGCUCUCGCGAGCAUAGAUCUUCUGCUCAAUCUUCCCAUCGGCAUCAUAGCCUUGAUCCUCUACAUAAUUCCGAUGGAGGGAGGUCAUACCUAUUUCUAUAGUGGCUGGGCCGUUGUCCACAGUGCUUGGCAGCCCAGAUCCUUCUCAUAUCAAGCUUUAUUGUCCACGGGGCCUGUCAUGGUCUCACAGUUCUACUUCAGCUCAUGGGCAUAUCCCAUCCUUUCCUUCGUCAUCUUCGGUUUCUUCGGUGUCUCAUCGGAGGCCCGCGCCUCGUACUGGCAUGUCAUCUGCACUGUCUGCGGCUGGUUCGGUUGGAAGCCGACCCUUCGCACGCGCAAAGCGCGUUCACCACUGGGAGACAUCGAGUUCGGCGAGCGACCGACGGAUCUUGAGAACGGGUCGUACCCAAGCUACGUCAACCCAGACGUCCUGAUCUACGAGCAAGAUGGAGAAACUGGCAAACCAGUGACCGAGCAGGAGUGUGGUCCUGGCGUCGAAUUCGAGGAGUCGGGGUAG